AUGAGUAAUCGGCUUCUAACUCUUCUUACCAAAGAUGAACUAGAGAAGUGGAUGACAGGGGGCAUCAUGAACCUCGACGGCAUUACCUUGUCUAUGAUUGCUAAGGUGAAAGGAGGCUCGCUAUUGUCUCUUGGGAGGCACCCAUCACCUCGGAUGUUCUGCCGCAUCUGCUCCUUUCUAGCCGAUGACGGAGGAAUGGGGUCCCCCGCCUUUGGAAACGAGACGGAUCGACUCGCCUUAAUCGCAUUCAAGGAUCGGAUAUCCGACGAUCCUUCUCGGGUCUUCAGCUCAUGGAACGUUUCCCUCCAUUUCUGCAACUGGGAAGGAAUCACAUGCGGUCGCCGACAUCCUCAAAGGGUCACCGCUUUGAAUCUUGCUUCCCGCAGUCUGGUGGGGUUCAUAUCACCUGGCGUAGCUAACCUCACAUUCCUCAGGAGCAUCAACCUCUCGAGCAACAGCUUCCAUGGCGAAAUCCCACCUGAAAUCGGCUGGCUCUUCCGGCUUCGGGUUCUUGACCUGAGCGAUAAUGGGUUGCAAGGGGGUAUCCCUGAAAACCUGUCCCACUGCUCAGAAAUCAGAUCCAUUAGUUUACAUAAAAACAAGCUCGCAGGGAGAAUUCCCGUCCAGCUUCACUCUUUAUCAAAGCUCCAGUUGUUGAAGCUUGGUUAUAACAAUCUCAUCGGCAACAUCCCACCACCCUUCGGAAACAUCACGUCUCUUGUCGGUCUCUAUCUAGAUUACAACAGUUUGGAAGGAAGUAUCCCAGAUGAGCUAGGACGGCUAGUGAAGUUACAAUUCCUUCAAAUCCCUGUAAAUAAAUUGUCUGGUCUGAUCCCACCAUCUCUUUACAACCUCUCAUCCAUCGUUUAUAUUUCUGUCGUUGGUAACAGACUUCAUGGAAACCUUCCAGCCAGUCUAGGUCUCACCCUUCCUAAUCUCAAAUACAUUCUCUUUGGAAGAAAUCAAUUUACGGGACCGAUACCAGUUUCAUUACCCAAUGCGUCAAGACUUUUUAUAGUUGAUUUAGAUUCUAAUAAAUUUCGAGGACCUGUGCCUGUGAAUUUCGGAAGACUACGGGAACUCCAUAUCCUAAAUUUAGGUUUUAAUCAGCUUGGAGGCGGAGAAGGAGACGAUGACUUGAGUCUCCUCACCUCCUUGAUCAAUUGUACCCGUUUGGAAGUAUUAGACCUGUAUUCCAAUCGGCUGAGAGGAACAAUGCCUGCUACCAUCGUCAAUCUCUCUACCCACCUAACCAAACUAGCGUUAGGAGGAAGCCCAAUAUCUGGAAGCAUUCCGACAGAGAUUAGCAAUCUCCAUAACUUGUAUAGACUAGUUAUAGGUGAGAGCCUUGUUACGGGUACCAUUCCUAUUGGCAUUGGGAAGCUUCAAAAUUUGGAAGGAUUGUAUUUGUACAGAAACAGACUUUCUGGACAAAUCCCAUCUUCCAUUGGCAACAUCACUAGAUUGGUUAUACUCUCUUUACUUGAAAAUCGUUUGCAUGGAAGUAUCCCUUCAAGUCUUGGAAACUGUCGUAGUCUUUUAGGAAUAGGCCUUAAUGGAAACAAGCUGAGCGGUAUCAUACCGAAAGAAGUUUUAAGUAUUCCUACGCUGAUUGAUAUUAGUGUAUAUGAGAAUUCUUUGGUCGGAUCUUUACCGUCGGAAGUUGGUGACUUGAAACAGCUUCAAAAGUUGAAUAUUUCUUCCAACAAAAUGACAGGUGAAAUUCCCAGCACGCUAGCCAAUUGUCCGAGUCUGGAAAUACUUGAUUUGCACGAUAACCUGUUUCAAGGAACCAUUCCUCCAUCUUUGAACAACUUAAAAAGUGUUCUGCUGAUAGAUCUUUCUCAUAAUAACUUGUCUGGAAAUAUUCCACAAGUUCUGGAGAAAUUUCCAUUCUUGCAGUUUUUGAAUCUGUCUUUCAAUGAUCUCGAUGGCCAAGUCCCAAGUCAAGGGAUUUUCAAAAAUUUAAGUGCAUUUUCAGUCCUCGGAAACAAGCACCUUUGUGGAGGAAUCUCACAAUUACGGUUGCCAGCAUGCCCCCCGAAGAAAGAUCCUAAGAAACAUGGAAGGUCGAUUUCUGUUACAGUUAUAUUCUCUGUGGUCGGUGCAGUUUUAUGUUCUGUUCUUUUAUCAUUUCUCCUUGCUAUUUGGGCAAGAAGAAAGGUCAACAAGAAGCCUUUGUCAGCGUCUUUUUUGGAGGGCCAAUUUUUAAAUGUUUCUUAUGCGGAUCUCUUUAAAGCGACUGGUGGGUUUUCUUCGGACAAUUUGAUUGGUAUGGGAAGUUAUGGUUCUGUAUACAAAGGAAUUCUAGAUCACAAUGAAACACUUGUUGCAGUGAAAGUUGUCAAUCUUCAAAAACAUGGAGCUUCUCUGAGUUUCAUGGCCGAAUGUGAAGCUUUGAGAAAUAUCCGGCAUCGGAAUCUAGUGAAAACCAUAACUGCUUGCUCAAGCAUUGAUUUUCAAGGCAAUGAUUUCAAAGCUCUAGUGUUUGAGUACAUGUCUAAUGGGAGUUUAGAGAUGUGGUUGCAUCCAAAUGUACAUGGGCAGCAAGAGUUGAGGAGCUUGAACCUUAUUCAAAGACUAGAUAUAGCUGUUGAUGUCGCUUAUGCAUUGGAGUAUCUUCAUCAUCAUUGCGGCACACCAAUCGUUCAUCGCGAUCUAAAACCAAGCAAUGUUCUACUGGAUGAUGACAUGUGCGCCCAUGUGAGUGAUUUCGGAUUAGCAAGGUUCCUUUCUAAUACUGCCAGUAAUACCUCUCAAGAUCAAACCAGCUCAACUGGCAUCAAGGGAUCUUUUGGCUAUGUUCCUCCAGAGUAUGGAAUGGGCGGAAAGGCGUCUGCAUCUGGAGAUGUCUACAGUUAUGGUAUCCUUCUUUUAGAGAUGUUCACAGGAAAGAGACCAACCGAUGACAUGUUUAAAGACGGCCUAAGCCUCCAUCAAUUUGUUAAGAUAGCUUUACCUGAUCGAGUGAUGGAGAUUGUAGACCCACGGCUGCUCUUGGAAGAAGUACAAGCUCCAAACAAUGGAGAACAACGCCGCAUUUCAAGAACUAAAACGCGAGAGUGCUUGCCUUCCGUGGCCAAAAUUGGCAUCGCAUGUUCAGUAGAAUCUCCAAACGAACGGAUGGAAAUGAGAGAUAUAGUCGCAGAAAUUCAUGCAAUCAAAGAUUUAUAUCUUGGGGAUGGGAUUCACCAAGAUUUGGAAAAUGGGGUACCAUUGGGCCAAGCUUCAUCUUAUCUUAGUUAUUAUUAAUAAGUUGGGGGUAGUCAUGCAACGGAAGAUUCCUACAUUUGUAUGCAAACGGUGGUUGUUUAGUUCCUUGUUGCCCUUCAGACGAGGUUGUGUUUAGUCUGCUAUUUUUUUGUUUUGGUUUUUUAGUGUUUGUGUAGUGAAGGGUUUAGUCGGUUUGGUAACCCUUCUUGUAUCAAUAAAGUGAUAUGUAGUGUGCUUAUA